AAUAAGAGGCUGGCUGUCUUGGGCGAUGUCGUACUAAAGCUAGUACUAGGAGGUACGUCGAGGCUGGUAUAGCGGCGACGAGACAAGAAGCUAGAUGAACGAUAUUGUAAGCUCUAUUGAAUUAAACGAGAAUCUAAAUACCGUAGGACACAGGCUAUGUCGUCUUGCCGAUUUCAUCAACAAAAACCCGUCUCAAGGUCACGCAGUUCCACGCAAAACGAUGGCGGAUACGGUAGAGGCGAUUUUGGGGGCUAUUUUUCUUGACAGCGACCUUGACAAUGUUGCCCGGGUUAUGCGCAACAUUGCUCUCACGGUCUGAAAGCUGCUAGGCGGGGUUUCGACUUCUCUCACAUCUAGUAUUAGUAUCGAGCUAUGGCAAUGACGGAACACAAGUCUCCAAUUUCGCCUUCUUGAGGUCCUUCUGA